AUGGUCAAGACCUCCGUCCUCCACGAUGCGCUCAACGCCAUCAACAACGCCGAGAAGGCCGGCAAGCGCCAGGUCCUGAUCCGACCUAGCUCCAAGGUCAUCGUCAAGUUCUUGACCGUCAUGCAGCGCCACGGCUACAUUGGCGAGUUCGAGGAGGUCGACGACCACCGCUCCGGCAAGAUCGUUGUCCAGCUCAACGGCCGCCUCAACAAGACCGGUGUCAUCUCCCCCCGCUACAACGUCCAGCUCCGUGACCUCGAGAAGUGGGUUGUCAAGCUGCUGCCCGCCCGUCAGUUCGGCUACGUCAUCCUGACCACCUCCGCUGGUAUCAUGGACCACGAGGAGGCCCGCCGCAAGCACGUUGCCGGCAAGAUCAUCGGUUUCUUCUACUAA